CACGUGCGGCGCGCACCAUGGAGCUGGAGGAGCUGGGCAUCCGCGAGGAGUGCGGCGUGUUCGGCUGCAUCGCGGCCGGCGUGUGGCCCACCGAGCUCGACGUGCCGCAUGUCAUCACGCUGGGGCUCGUGGGGCUGCAGCACAGGGGCCAGGAGAGUGCCGGAAUUGUGACAAGUGAUGGAGAGUCAUCCCAGGCAUUCAAAGUACACAAGGGAAUGGGUCUUAUUAACCACGUGUUCAAUGCAGACAGCCUGAAGAAGCUAUAUGUUUCAAACCUUGGGAUCGGGCACACAAGGUACUCCACCUCCGGAAUUUCUGAGCUGCAGAACUGCCAGCCUUUCGUUGUAGAAACUCUUCACGGGAAGAUUGCUGUGGCACACAAUGGGGAACUAACAAAUGCUGUACGACUUAGAAGAAAGCUGAUGCGCCAUGGUGUGGGACUGUCAACCAGUUCUGACAGUGAGUUGAUCACCCAGCUGCUGGCCUUCACACCUCCUCUAGAAAAUGACGAUACUGCAGACUGGGUAGCAAGAAUAAAAAAUUUGAUGAAUGAAACUCCAACUUCAUAUUCUUUGCUAAUUAUGCAUAAAGAUAUAAUCUAUGCAGUACGUGAUCCAUAUGGGAAUCGUCCGCUCUGCAUCGGCCGCCUUAUUCCAGUAGGGGAUAUGAACGGAAAAGGAAAAGAUAACAGUGAAACAGAAGGCUGGGUAGUCUCCUCUGAAUCCUGUAGCUUUUUAUCUAUCGGUGCAGAGUACUAUCGUGAGGUCCUUCCUGGUGAGAUUGUGAAAAUAUCCCGAUAUGAGGUCCAAACGCUGGAUGUUGUACCAAGACCUGAAGGAGAUCCAUCAGCAUUCUGCAUCUUUGAAUAUGUUUAUUUUGCAAGACCAGACAGUAUCUUUGAAGGUCAGAUGGUAUAUUCAGUCAGGAAAAGAUGUGGCCAACAACUUGCUAUCGAGGCACCUGUGGAAGCAGACCUGGUCAGCACUGUUCCGGAGUCUGCAACCCCAGCAGCUCUUGGUUAUGCACAAAAGUGUGGACUACCGUAUGUUGAAGUACUCUGUAAAAAUCGAUAUGUAGGAAGAACUUUUAUCCAGCCAAACAUGAGGUUAAGGCAGCUCGGUGUUGCAAAAAAGUUUGGAGUUCUGUCUGACAACUUUAAAGGCAAGCGAGUCGUUAUCAUUGAUGAUUCAAUCGUGAGAGGCAAUACCAUUUCACCCAUAAUAAAGCUACUAAGGGAAUCUGGAGCUAAAGAGGUGCAUAUUCGUGUGGCUUCACCUCCCAUAAAAUUUCCUUGUUAUAUGGGAAUAAACAUUCCAACAAAAGAAGAACUCAUUGCCAACAGACCUGAAUUUCAUGACCUUGCAAACUAUAUUGGAGCAGACAGCGUUGUUUACCUWUCUGUGGAAGGGCUGGUAUCCUCUGUGCAAGAAAGCAUCAAAGCAAGGCAAGAGAGUGAGAACAACCUCAAAAUGCAGAAGUCGCGUGCUGGAAAGAUCGGUCAUUGCACAGCGUGUCUUACCGGAGAGUAUCCUGUAGAGCUAGAAUGGUGAAAUUUCAGUAGAUGAUCAUGAGUUCAUCUCCUGCUGAACAGAGAUUUCUCAAAGAUGUCUUUUUGCUAUUAGUUUUCCUCCAUGUUAGAUAAUACUUAAAGCUUAUUUCAUCUAACUAAUUACUGUUACUAAAACACUUUGUACAGACUUACAAGAAAUGCGUGGUGAUAAAAAACAGGUAAGCAGAUAAAAAUACAGAAUUGUAGUUUCCAAGGCACAGUUGGGCCUUCUUUUCCUCAAAAAAUAAUUUAAAAGCCAAAGUGUUCUUAAUUAUGUAGGUGUCCCAGAGUUUUUUUUUUUUGUCUCGGUCUUGCUCUGGAAGUACAAUACGCCUGUUAGACUUGUUCACAACUACAAAUCAUGGAUCAUGUAGCAUAAUUUCAAAUUAUCAAAAUGUUAAUGAAGAAGUAUGUAAAGUAUGCUUUACUCUUUAGGAAAAAAAGAACAAAAUGCUGAAUUGCUUCCUUGGCAGUUCCUGCAUAUCUUCCAUCCUAGAAGUAACUAACUUUCGCAUAUAGCUGAGUAGUCCUUAUUAACAAGACUUUUGUAAUUAAUAAGUGUCCAAGUUUUACGAACAUGAUGUGUAGCACAUGAUUUUAAAAAUUAAAAGCUCAGGGAAACAUUCAGCCAAAAGUUCUCUAGUUUUAUGUUUUCAAAAAAAGAAUUUUUAAGUCCACUGUGAAUUGCAUUAUCUUUGGGUGCUUUUACUAAUUGCCAAUAGAAUGUGAAAGGAGAAAAAUGCCGGGCAUUGUCAGUGAUUGUUAUAUUCUCUGUCACAUUGUGUUUUSUUCCAGAUAAAUCCCUCAAAGUUUGGAAAGUCUGAGCUAAUGCUCAGUAUGUUUCGUUUAUUUUUUUUCUUUUUUUAACGUACGUCAACCUUCAAUGUAAAGUCAAAACUAAAAUUACCUUUCUUGCUUAACAAUAAGUAUGAACCUAUGCCAACUAAAGGAUAUGAGUUGUGUUUUGAGUGUGCUGUUAUUUUGUUACAGUAUUGCUGUCACAUAAUAAAUAYAAUGUUUAAAAAAAAAAAGUUUAGAGGAAACAUCAGCUGUUGUUUUGCCAGUUGAUGGGGGAGCACCGGAAAGAACCAGACAGCAAGGGCAAGAAUGGUAGUAUUUAUGAUUAAUACUAAAUAAUACAGAAAUKAAAUGAUACAUCUAACAAAACAAUAAGCUUAUUACCUGGUUGGUUUUAACAACAAAGUAAGCAAGGUAACGCACCUAACCGUUAGUAGACUAUUAGUAGAAUAGCAGUUAAGRGAAAGAUACAUCACCAAUUGCCCAAAUCCCUUAGCAUCAUCCAGAUGGGCCAUCACUGGGGAGCCCCUGUUGCAAGGAGGAUUGGGAGAACCUCCCCAGCAACUGAGAGGUCUUCCACGGUGUCACGCUCCUGUGGUUAACUAAACACAGUUGUGAGGAGCCCUUCCUUCCCAAGAUAAAAAUGURUGUGCAUGUUUUACCCA